UGUUUUUGAAAAGGAUUGAAUCUCAUAGGAUACCACGAGUUAGAAAUUUUAUUCACUUUAUCAAUUUAUUCACUCAAUCUUUUUACUACUCACGCCAUCUGUAUUCAUAUACCGACGGUGACUCAAUAAUUUGCCACGUAUAUAAAGCUACAAAACCGGUUAGUGCACAUCAGUUUUAAUCUGAUACGUGUACAAGUCCAAUCUAAUCUAACACAUAAUUUUAUGCAUAGUAUUUUACAAUAUUACAGUGUAGAAAAUAUUUGUAAAACGAAAUAAUUAUUUAUAAAGAAAGUGUAGCAAUUCUGCAACUUUAAUAAGUUGAAUUAUUAAAAUCGUAUUAUUGCAGUAAAUUCGUUCAGCAGUUACUGCUCGUUCUCAAAGUUUGCAUUUUGUUUGCACCUUCUAUUUGCUUAUAUAAUACUAUGAUGCCAGUCGAAGAUAUUAGUAAGUAUUUGGUUGAUGAUACGAUAUUCAAUAAAAUCAGCAAACGAUUUAUAAGUAUGGAUCCUGAUGACAUGAAGUAUAAUAAUCGGCUUUUGGAACAGCUUUUUGACAAGUUAAUAGACGCAAUGAAAGAGCAAAGUCCGCUGUUCGCUAAUACAUUUCAAAGAAUUGUAUGGGCCGGAAGUUAUUACAAAGGAACUCGAUAUGGACAACCCGAAGAAUAUGAUUUGAAUUUUGUGAUUAACUUACCCAUCAAAGAACAACGGUUUUCUACAGAUCAGCCCGGUUUCAUUAAAAUACAUACCGAUUGGAAAGACAGAUAUUCAUACUAUACUUCAAAGUAUCCUAAAGUAUAUCAAGAAAUAAAUCGUUUUAUUGAUGAGCAGUCAUACCUGAAUCAAGAAAAAUUUCGCACUUGGAUGGAAGGAAUUUUUAGUAAAGUGGCCAACGCUAAUGGUGAAAAUAAUAUAAUUAAGUUUGAUGGUCAUGCACCAAUAAAGAUGAAAAAAUCGGGACCAGCGUUUACGUUAAAAUGCCAAUCUCCAAAUGGAAAAACCAUUGACAUCGAUGUAGUUCCCGUUUUAGUUUUUCCGAAUCGUACUCCGCCACCAAGAUGUUCGAAACUGGAUAUUUUAGAAUCACAUCCAAACCGAUAUUGGUCUGCAGUUCCCAAACCUUUAGACAACAGAGGUGGUUUCGGUGAUAUUCCCUAUCGUUAUUGGCGAUUAUGCUUUUACGAAUGCGAAAAAAAAUUGCUAGAAGACCACUAUUAUCAGCAUAUGAAGCCUGUAAUACGUCAAUUAAAGAAAUUGAGAGAUACCCAAAAGUGGGAAAGUGUUGCAAGUUACUAUCUUGAAACAUUAUGUUACAAUGAAAAAGAACUUUUUCAUACUUCUCAGAAAAAUUCAUUGACUUUUUUAUUUUUCACGAUGUUAAAAAAGCUUCGCGUUGCUUUUAUCAAUCAUUGCAUAAGAUAUUAUUGGGAUGAUGAUCUCAACUUGCUGGAGAAUAUAAAAAAUGCGGAAGUGAUAAAGAUGAAAGGCAGAAUAGACCGUAUUUUAAAAUGUAUCGAGACAAAUAUCGGACAUGAUCCGUAUGCGAUAGCUAAAUUUGUUUUGAAUAGAGAGCAAUUGAACUGUUUGAAAAAUAUGGAAUGUGUAUCAACAGCGAAAUCCGAUUUGGAAUCCGAAUCUGAAACUGCGUCUCAAUGGAGUUGCGUGAUUGUCUGACCAAUUAAGGAAGAAACUAUCAAUUUUGAUGACGCAGCGUAUCAUAACGAUACAGUCUGCUUCGGCUGAAUGAUUACCCGCAAUUUUCAUGUCAAACAUGUACUCAUAAAUGUCACACUGUUUCAAACCAUUCGGCUUCUCACUUUUAAAAUUUAACCUUUUUGGAAUGUUUUUCUUGAAAGGCCGCUGCGGGACAUUUUCCAACUUUAUUAUUUGAUUUUUAGGAGUUUUUUCAUUUGAUUUUUGUAAAAAAUUUUUCCAAGAUUGAGCAACAUAAUCACUAUGUUCCUGUAUUUUACUGUUUAUAAUUUUGGUAUAUUUAUCACAAGGAAAUAUCGAUUGCUCAGUGGAUGUCGUCGUGACAUCAAUUGUAGGUUCUUUCACCGUUACUAUAUCUAUAUCCUCAUCUACAUCCAUAUUCAAUAUAGAGAAUGAGUCGUUGUAUUCAUCGUUCAAUAAUUCUUGGACUUCCUUUGAUUCCAACUUUCUUUUCUUAGAGAAAUCUUGGAACAUUUUCCAUGUAUCGAUGCAGAGAAUUUCGUUAUCAAGUAUCUUUAAUAAGCAAAACAGAAAUUAUUAUUAAAUGAAAUAAAGGAUCAUAAAAGUGCUAACUAGUAUAUAAAUCAAUUACUUUAUUGAUACGAUUGAGUUCUUCUAGGAAUACCAGAUAAUCGAACCUGUCACCGUUGUGCGCUGCGAAACAAAUUGGUGGUGUAAGACGUUGCAAAAAAUAUGUUAUCAACUCGUAGCUUCCUUUUUCGUAAGGUUGCAAUAGUUGCAUCUCAUGAUGAUAUAAUUCUACAAAAUAAUAAAAUAGUUAUGAUAUUAUCACAAUUGUAAAAAUAAUAGUACCUAAUAGUAGCAAGUAAAAAUGGAUGAGCCAUUUAAAAAUUAUUUUCUUUUCUUAACUUUUAUUUAUUUAAGGUAAUUCCUAAGUGAAAAAGAAUUAAAAAGGAUAUUUUUCAAUUUAUUUUUGGAAGAAAAAGUCCUAUAAGCAUUCGUUGUUCAAAAUUUAGUAUGAUUAUCCACGCGCACAUCAGUGGUGGAUCUACAAAUAUUUUAUCAGCAUUGGAAAAUGAUUCUUAUUAUUACAUGUACAUACACUAAAUUUAAAUAAAAUACAUUUAAACGUUUUUCAG